AUGGCCAUAGCCAUAGCCAUUGCUGCCGGUCCCUUGGUCCAAACCCUCCUAGCCGCUACUGGCGCAUAUGCGCUCUACCUUGUCGCCCUUGUAAUCUAUCGCCUGUACUUCCACCCGCUCGCGAAAUUCCCCGGGCCCAAGUACGCGGCGAUCAGCCACUGGCACGAAGCCUACUACGAUGUCUUCCUGAAGGGACAAUUUACGUUCAAGGUCCAGGAGAUGCACAAAAAAUAUGGACCGAUCGUACGCAUUGUCCCCGACGAGCUCCAUAUCCAGGACUCGGACUUUUACGAGACGCUCUAUACCAAGGCCGGGCGCGUGGACAAGUAUGAGUGGAUGGCUGGCCGAUUUGGUGAUCACGACUCAGCUUUCGCGACAGCGUCGGACGAACUUCAUCGAAUUCGACGGGGUGCUCUCAACCCGCUCUUCUCGCGACAACGCAUCCUCGAUCUCCAGGAUGUGAUUCAAGGUAAAAUCGACAUCCUGGUCGAGCGUGUCCGCGAGUUCCAGGCCACCGGGAAAGUCAUGCCUAUCAACCGGGCAUUUGCAGCACUUACGGAGGAAGUCAUACUGGAAUACUGUUUCAGCCUCAGCUACGACGCUCUGCGCGAACCGGAGUUUGAAAAGUCGCUACACGAUCCGAUCAUGGCUGCUAACCAAUUCAGCAACGUGUCUCUGCAGUUCCCGUGGAUCCCUAUGGUUCUUUUCAACCUUCCCCAAUCCAUCACGGUGAAAAUGCAGCCUGAAUACGCUCUGUUCUUCAGGAUGCAAAAUGACUUUCGGAAGCAAAUUGACGCGAUGAAAGCUGGCAAAAUGAAGGAUGUCCUGGAGAAGUCUUCUCACCGAACAGUAUUUCAGGAGUUGGUUGAAGGUAACUUACCACCGUCAGAGAAGAAUUCACUGCGAUUACAAGGCGAAGCUUCAGUCGUGGUCGCCGCGGGAGUCAUCACAACAGGCUGGGCGCUGUCUACGGCGGCUUUCCAUAUCGUCAACAAUCCACCAAUAUUUCAGAAGCUACGAGCCGAGUUGGAGGCUGCCAUGCCGGACCCCACCGUUAAGCCUAGCUGGUCUGACCUCGAGAAGCUACCAUAUCUUUCCGGGUGUGUGCGAGAAGGGGUUCGUAUGUCAUAUGGAGUGACGGCGAGAGAGCCCCGGCUCUUGUCCAAGCCUCUAGAGUACAAGGGCUGGAUCAUCCCCCCAAGGACUCCUGUGAGCAUGACCAAUGUCGACGUGUGCGAUGACGAGAAGAUCUUUCCGAAUCCCCGAACGUUCCAGCCUGAGAGAUGGAUCGGCAACCCUAAGACAGCCCACGGGCAAAGCUUGGAAAGAUACUAUGUUAGCUUCGGCAAGGGUUCACGAAGCUGUCUGGGCAUCAACCUUGCACACGCCGAACUCUACUUGACCAUCGCGUCGCUCUUCAGAAACUUUGACUUUGAGCUUUACCAGACCGAUAUUAGUGAUCUCGAAUUAGCGCACGACUUCUUUGCUCCGAGCCCACGACUCGACUCGAAGGGCGUCAGGAUUAAGGUUAAGCCCGCAUAG